ACUUCGAGAUCGAGAGAAGUCACGGGGGCAAAAGCGUAAUUUCGAAAUAAUAUAGACUUGGGCAAAUCGCUGCAGAGAAGGGGCAGGAAGAGGGAGGGAGAGAGAUGAACGGCUACGAAGGAGAUUCGGAUGGUGAUGAUGAGAGGGGAUUGAUUUGGAGGCUUCCGGUGCUGAAAUUGAAGGAGUUGGGGAAACUGGGCCCCGCUUUGGGUUACGGAGCUGGCUGCGGUUUUGGUGUUGGUGUUGGUCUCCUCGGAGGUGUGGGCUUAGGUGCUGGCAUUCCAGGAUUACAGUUUGGAUUUGGACUCGGAGCCGGAUGUGGGAUUGGUUUAGGAUUUGGUUAUGGUGCGGGAAGGGGCGUUGCAUAUGAUGAGAACCAAAAAUACACGAACGUGGGGAAGCUAUUCCAUGGGACAGGAAAUCUCCCAUCUCAGGAUGAGAUCUCCUCCUUGAUGAAUGAGAUGGUCAGAAAUACUAAAAGGUUGAUCAAAGUUACUUCAAAAGAGAUCGACAAGUGGAGAAGAUGAAGUGAGUUUGAAGUACAAUGCGAAGAUUUGUAUUUUGUCUUAUAUAUGCCAUGGUUAAUGAUAAUUACAGUAUUAUUGAUUGUAUCAUGUCUCCACAUGUGUACACAUUCAUGGAUGCAUGAGUGCGUACGAUGAGUGUCUGAUAAUCUAGCUCGCUCUUAAUGAUCCUUGAUUGCUGCCUCUAGUGGUGCAGCAAUUACAGCAGGUUUGUGCGACCUUAUUCAAAUUACUAUAUCUGAUAUUGAUAUAUUUAGCGAGGUCAAUGGUC